CAUCUGCAGAGGCAUCAAAGUGACUUUGGACAACAACAGCAUGUGGAACGAGUUCUUCAGAUGCAAGACUGAGAUGAUUCUCACUAAACAAGGCAGCAGGAUGUUUCCGUAUUGUCGUUUUCGCAUUUCUGGCUUACAGCCAUCCAGGAAAUACUGUUUGAUCAUGGACGUUCAACCUGUAGACAACAGUCGUUACAAGUGGACUGGCAAGGUCUGGCAAGUCUGUGGGAAGGCAGAGGGUCAUGUGAAGAGUCAGCCAUUUGCUCAUCCAGAGUCGCCAUCAGCAGGUCAACACUGGAUGCAGAAUCCAGUGUCCUUCUACAAACUGAAGCUAACAAGCAACAUCUCAGACCAGGAGGGGAACACUAUCCUGCAUCCGAUGCACCGCUACCUGCCACGGUUACACGUGGUCCAAACUGACAAAGCUGCUAAAGACAUAAAAUUAAAUGGUCCCAACGUUGUCACAUUUACUUUCCCACAGACUGAGUUCAUGGCAGUCACUGCUUACCAGAACUCACGGUUUACUCAGUUGAAAGUCGACUACAACCCAUUUACCAAAGGACUGAAGGAAGAUGGUUCCAGUUCAUGGGGUCUGAAACUGAAAUCUAAUAUCAGCAAAGACUCUCACAAAGAUGAAGGUGCAACAACCAACGAGCAACAUCCUGUGAAGAAGAGCUUGAAGUCUUUGCUUGCAAACCACAAACCUAGAAGCUCAAAAGUAGUUGACUCAAAACCGUCAGCACUCGGUGACCUCCAGAGAAAUUCCACUACGAACAAAGAUCAACCAGCUGCUAAUGUUACAGGGGAGAGCUCUUGCAGGAGCUCAGGUUCACCCCAGAAGUUAAUUUCUGAAAUGAUUCGGGAGGCUCAUGUUUCACUGCAAAGAUGCAACCUGGAGCAGCUCAGCAUCAGUAAUGACUCCUCUCACAGAACCAAGCAAACCAACACUAAAACUACAGCCUUGAAAGGCAAUGGACCAGAUGUUCCUAAUAGCGACAGCACGUCCGUCAAAAAGCACAGUGAGACAUCUCCUGUAAAGGAAAGUGAAACUGUUGUAACCAAGAAGAAGGACAAGGAGGACAAGCACCUUUUGAAUUCAUUGAACUGCAAGGACACAAUUAGGACAGAUUGCAGUGAGGUCAGUCCUAAAUUAUCAGUAGCGACUGGUGCUCUUCCAUCAGUGUCACAAAACGUUUCCAUUGACCACAAACGUAAGUCUGAAGCUCAAAUCGAGGUGAACACGAAGCAGCAUAAACGUCCGGCACCUCUGCCCCUGCCAGCUCUCGCUCUUUUUUUGAAGCAGCAUUCAACAAAAUCCAAGAAAGUCAAGAGCAAACUGGAGUCUCCUCCCCCUGCAUUCCCACCUGAAUCCCUGCCAGAAACACAAGGCUGUGCACCAUCUGAUCACACCAACAAUGAAACUGCUCCCCUCAAGGAUCCUACUGGUGAUACUGCAAAACCAGACAACCAGUCCUCUGACAAUGCAGAUCUCCAUCCAGGUGAAGUGGAUUUGACAGUCCCUGGACAAGCAGUUCAAAUGACACUUCAGCUUUCCAGUCCGUCAUGUCAAGAUGUGGAGGCCGCACCAGAUCCAAGGGGAUCAAGAACUGAUGAUUACGUGGCCUCAGUUACACUUCCUGAAAGCUCAGGCUCCCAGCCAACAUUACCACAUGGUACAUCAGUGUUACCCAACUCAGAUCAGCCAAUUUGUUCCCUUGGGAUAUCUUUGUCCACCAUUUCCUCAACUCUUGCUACCUCUUCUGCAACUUUGGUUUUGUCACCACCCAUUGACACAGUGUUACCUGACCCGAACACUCCCCAAACACCAACCAUUACUGAGCCUUCCACACUACUUUCAGACUCGAAGUCACCUGAUUCCUUGCUUCCUGACCCCAAGUGUUCACCUUUUGGAUUUGACUCUUUGUCACCUGCAAGCUCACCAGAGCCUUUACCUUCCUUCCCUGCCGUGAUAGAUUUAGAACUGAACUCUGCUCCCUCUGAACCAACUCCAGCAGUGGUACCUCCUGAAGAGUUACUGCUGAAUGAAGACUCUGCCGAAUCUGUGUUUAAAUGGCAUACCGUGUUACCUCCUACCGAACAGUACACAGACACUCCAUUUACUACUUUUCAGUCAGCACCACAGACUCUACCGUUAGUAUCUAAUGCAGAACCUUUGUUGCCUUCCCAGUCUCCUGUCCACCCUGCGUCACAGACUCUCGACACUACUACAUCCUCGCCUCCUCCUGAUCCUACUCCAUCAUUUCAAGAGAACGAACAAUUGCUGCCGUUCCCAGCAGAACUGUCUCCUCUAACUCUUCAGUUGCCACUAUCUCCAACCUUUUCUUCAUUGGAUGGAGAUGCUUUGUCGCCUACGCCUUCAAUCGCUGAACUUGUGCACUUUUUCUCCACCGAUGAUGACCUUCGAAUGGAGGUGGAGUUUGCUAACACAGAAGCAGUGCCAGUUCCUUGUCCGUCUCCUAGUACAGUAGAAGCUAAUGAUCCUCCUCAGCAAGUGCAACCAGUCGCAGCCCCCAAACCCUGUAAACGCAAAAAGUCGUGGCGGAAAAAGGUGGCCAAGACAGAUGUGGAUCAGACGAUGGAUGAAUCCACCUACACUAACAUGCAACCGAGCCUGGAGGAAGUGGAGGAACAAUUAUUUAUCUCGUUCACGUCAAAGGAGGCCCUCAAACUUCACGUUGUGGACUCUCCUGAAGGCGGAUCGACGGCGCCUGAAGUCCGACAGCUACCAGCUGAGGAAGCGAACGAUACAAACCUGGAUGCUGCUGACGGUUCACUCCCGCACUGCAUCAAUCCCAACAACUUUCCUGCCAAACUGUGGCGUCUGGUGACAAACCCCGACAACCGAGCCAUCUGCUUUGACAGCGGUGGCGAGGUCAUUGUCAUUGAUCAGCAGCUCUUCGAGAAGCAGAUCCUGUCUCCUGACGGCGUCGCCUCAGACAACGCCGAUGCCUUCAAGACCACCAACUUCUCCAGCUUCGUCCGUCAGCUGAACCUGUACGGCUUCAGGAAAGCUGACACGGCCGGCACAGCUCCAACCAUUGCUACCACUGGAACGCUUCAUCACUUCUCCAGUCCAAACUUCAAGAGGAACCACCCCGAGCUCCUGGUGAAUCUCAGGAGACUCACUGUGGACAAUAAAGCCAAACUACAAGCUGGACUGAAUGUGAACAGUCGGCUGCCGAGUCGACACCAGCGGCUCAGUGGAGUCGACGAUGAAAGAGAGAAAAGUUUGAAGAGAGUCGAACCUGCGGAGAGCUCUGAGGAUCCGAUCGCUGCAUCUGAGAAGAUUCUGCUGAGAGAUCUGCAGCUGAUGAAACACCGACAGGUCAUCCACCCUGUCCUGCAGGAAGUUGGACUGAAGAUGAACCUGCUGGACGCGUCUCUGUCCAUCGACCUGCAGUAUCUGGGCGUCCGUCUGCCCAUCCCCCCCCCUGGAUAACUCACGGUUUCCUCUGCAGAUGUUUCCGCUGCGUUUGUGUCCCGAACGGGAAAAACGACAGACGUCACUCAGAUUAAAGGCUGGAGAGAGAAGUUCACUCCUUCAGAGGCUCCGACUGAAACGCCUCCAUCAUCCAAACCUGAAGCCGUUUCCUCCUCCGACUCCAACAAGAGGAACCUGUCGGCGUUCUGCAGCGACAUGCUGGACGAGUAUCUGGAGAACGAAGGGAAGCUGAUAGACGAACGCGCCGCCAGCUUCUCCCAGCCGCCGGUGGAGCCGCUGGUCUACGAGCUGCCCACCAGGAGCAGCAGCUAUGUCCGAACCCUGGACAGCGUCCUGAAGCAGACCUGCAGCACCCCCACCUCAGACCUCAUCUCUGGGUUCAUCCCCCCCUCCAAGAGACCCAAACUCCCCCCCAAAGAGCCCAAGACGUCCCGCAGAGGAGACAGGAGGCAGAAAGGUCUGAAACAGAACAAACCCAGACCAGAACCCACAGCUGCUCACAGUUUGGGUCCAGCUGAGUCCAGUCCUGCAGUCAGUAACCCCCCAGAGCCCACAGACCCCUUCACCGAGGCCCCCAAAUCAAAGAAAAACCUGCUGAAAGUCAGACCACCAGCAGCAUACACAGAUCCAUCUCCUGACCCCCCUUUGCCCCAAGCCCCCACCAAGGGGAAGAGGCUCAAACCCAAGAACUGGUCUCAGACCCUCAGCUCCCCCCAGGUCUCAGAGGACAUGGCCCCGCUGGAGUCGGACUCAGAGCUGGGGGAGGACUCGCCUGGGGGGGGCAGACCCGUGAUGACCCGAGCACUGCUGAAGCAGAGAGACCUGGAGGACGGCGUGGUGUGGGAGGGCCGCCCCCGCACCUGCAUCACCCGGGAGAGGGCCGCCAUCGCUCUGACAUCACUGUUCACCUUAUCGGGCUUCGUCAGUGAGAACCCGACCGCUCCGAUUCCCCCCCCACGCAGACGGGCCCCCCCCUGCCUGAACGAGUCCUGCCGACUCGGCUGCGUCUGCUCCAGUCUGGCCUUCAGCUGCAGGCCGGGUCACUGCGGCCGCCCCCACUGCAUGUUCGGCUGCAGCUGCCUCAAACAGAAGGUGGUGCUGCUGAAGAACCUGGACGGCUCCGACUCCAGCUCCUCCAACCAGGAGUCCACCAGGAGGAGGAGGAGGAGGAGGAGGAUGAAGAUGGCUUACAUUCUGAAGGAGGCGGACAGCGUUUCCCAGCCUGCCGAACGGAUCCGGACUCUGUGGAAGAGGGACAGCGGAGACUCAGAUCCAGACCCGGUCUGCGUCCCUCAGUCCAACUCUGAGACCUGCUCAGCUGACUCCAGCAGCAGCAGCAGCAGCAGCGUGGACUCCAGCAGCUGUGCUCGGGCCAGAGCUUACCGAGGAAAGAUGAGGAAACAAAAGCAGAAGGAGGCGUCUAAAGACGUGAAGUCUAAAGACGUGAAGUCUAAAGACGUGAAGUCUAAAGACGUGAAGUCUAAAGACGUGAAGUCUAAAGACACUCGGCUGAAGUCUUUGAAGAAGACGGACAUGAGUCUUGACAGAGUAAAAAGCAAACCCUGCGGUUCUCCCUCAGUACGUGAACCGGCAGCGACCCCGAAGCCGUCGAAGCGUCUGACCAUCGUGGCCGAGUGCCGCUGGAGGAGCGACGCCGACCGGGACCGCAUGCUGAAGAAGCUCUGCGAGGCGAUGGCUCAGGACCGCCUGAACGAGCCCUUCUGGUUCCGCCGGUACCUGGUCAGCCCGGUCAGCCAGACCGUGGAGGAGAGCAACGGAGAACGCUGCAUCCAGUACAAGAUCCACAUCUCCCAGCCCAGACUGGGCCGGCAGAAACCAGCACAGCAGCAGGACGGCCGGACUGGAACUGAACCACGACGAGAGGAGCUGAAGGAGGAGAAGAAGGAGAAGGAGCUGAAGGUGGAGGACCUGAAGGAGGUGGAAAAGGAGCUGAAGGAGGUGGAGGAGGAGAAGGAGCUGAAGGAGGUGGAAGGACCUCCUGAGGACUGGCAGCAGGAGGUGAUGGAUGAGGAGGAGCUUCUGGAAGAUUGGCAGCAGGAGGUGAUGGAUGAGGAGGAGCUUCUGGAGGAUUGGCAGCAGGAGGUGAUGGAUGAGGAGGAGCUUCUGGAGGAUUGGCAGCAGGAGGUGAAAGAAGGAGACAUCGAGGAGGAGGAGGAGGAGGAGGAGGAUGAACGGAGAGAGGAAGUGGAAACAUCAGCAGAGAAGAAGAAGCUGCUCAACACGGCGUUGCCCUUCCUGACGGGAAUCUCUCCCGCCGGUUUCCUGUCAGCUGACAGGAAGCAGCCGGGAGGAACCGAUCAGCUGAUCCAGGUGAACGGGAAGCUGUAUCCUCUGGCUAAGAUCCAGCUGGGGAAGAUGGGCGCGCUCCACCCGGCCAAUCGGCUGGCGGCGUACCUGACGGGCCGUGUCGGGAUCAACAGGAAGCAACAAGUUGGACCCCCCCAGACCCAGACUGCAGACCUGUCCCCCCCGGCCCGACCCCCCUCCUCCACAGCCAACGCCCCCCUCAGCGCCCCAGCCGUCCCGACAGACUCUGUGAAACUAUCUUCAGGCCCAGCGGCUCCUAAAGGCUCUCAGCUGUUGAUGGUUCAGGUCCCGAGGCCUACGGGGCCUACGGGGCCUACGCGGCCCACGGGGCCUAAGCAGCCUACGGGGCCUAAGCGGCCUACGGGGCCUACGGGGCCUACGGGGCCUACGCGGCCCCCGGCCCCCCCCUCCACCCCAACCAUGUUCCUGCAGCCGGUCCAGGGCCCAGCAGGGCUGCAGUACUACCGCAAACCUGACGGGAAACUGGUCCAGCUGUUCCGCAUCGGCCAGCUGAGGCCCGCGACCCCCGACCCGAGUCAGCCCGCCCCCCCCGACACACUUCCUCAGGCUACACCCAUCACAGCCAGCUCGUUGCCCGCCCUCCAGCCUGGUCCUGGAGUCCUGAACCAGAAGCAAACAUGCACCUUGAAGAUCCUCCCCCCCCCUGCCUCCAAAAAGCAUCAUGUGGUCGUCACGAAAGUCCCCCCCCCCUCACGUCCUCCAGCGUCUGCAGGCUCCUCCCCCUUCUCCCUCUCUGGCCUCCGGUCCUUCUCAUUGCCCCCUCUCCCCCCAAAAUCUGGUCUGGUCCAGAAGAGUAUGCGUACCAUAAAAAUCUUCCCCCCCCCUUCCAACAAGGAUCAUGUGGUCGUCACUAAAGUCCUACCCCCCCCGGUGACAUCAUCGGGCUCCUUCAGGCCCCUGCUCAACUUCAUCUCCCUCAAGCUCUCUGCCGGCCGAGGCACCGAGCCGGGGGUCCAAACUGUGACGGUCUCAGCAGAGGGGUCAGAGGUCACACUUCCCCCCCUCCCUGAGCCGGCCUGUGACACGGGGGACUUGGACAUCAUCUGUGUGGAUGAAGAGAUGGAGGUUGUUACCAGGGAGACGGUGGGAGGGGCCCAUCAGGUGGGAGGGGCCCAGCAGGUGGGAGGAGGCCAGCAGGUGGGAGGGGCCCAGCAGGUGGGAGGAGGCCAGCAGGUGGGAGGGGCCCAGCAGGUGGGAGGAGGCCAGCAGGUGGGAGGGGCCCAGCAGGUGGGAGGGUCUCAUCAGGUGGGAGGGGCCCAGCAGGUGGGAGGGGCCCAGCAGGUGGGAGGGGCCCAGCAGGUGGGAGGGGCCCAGCAGGUGGAGGAUCUGGUGGCCUCGUCAAGCGAAGAGACGGAGAACUCGUCGGACUUCAGUGACGAGUCAGGCGACCACGGAGAGAAGAACCCCCCCACAAAGAUCAAGCGGACUCUUCACACUGUGCUGGAGCGGAAGCGGCGAGGGCAGAUCAGUGAGCUGUUCGAUGGUUUGAGGCGCGAGGUCGCACCGACUGAUGAGAAGACGUCGAAGGUCUCCACGCUGCAGCAGGCAGUGCAGCUGAUCCAGGAGCUGAGGGCAGCUGAGACGCACCUGAAGAAGAGGAAGAGCAGGCUGCUGAAGAGGAGGGACGAUUACCUCUCCUUCAUCACUCCGUCAUCAUCAUCAUCCUCAGGAACGGGCGCAGCAGCUGCGUUACACCGUCAGAGGUCACAUGACUCCAUCGAAGUGACGGACAACUCGUCUGACGAGGAUGCUGCCGUCACAGGGACAGGAAGUGAUGGGAGAGCGGAGAGGGGUCUGUCUCAGGCGGUCAACCUGCUGGAGGAGACGGACGAGCUGACGGACAACUCGUCCGACGAUGACGACGCUAUCGCCAAGACAACCGGCGCUAUCGCCAAGACGACCGGCGGCAUCACCGAGACGACCGACGGCAUCACCGAGACGACCGGCGGCAUCACCGAGACGACCGUCACCAACGAGGAGAAGGCUCGGGCCGUCGCCAUGGAGACAGCGGAGGAGAGUCAGCUGAACGCAGCUCAGGAAAGGCUGGCGAAGAUCAUCAGGAACGUGGACUCAAAUCUGAACGAGAAGCAGCGGAGCCGCUCGGCCGUCAGCGCUGUCAGCUCUCAGCAUCACCUGUUGGAGCAGGCUCGUCAGGAGAUCCGGUCUCUGCAGAGUCGGAUGGAGAAUCUGAAAAGUGUCAAGAUCUGUCUGAACCAGCAGAGAGCGGCUCACAUCCGGCACCUCGCCCAGCGCUCAGGUAAGAGCGAGCAGAGGAUCCUGAGGAAGCUGCAGCACCUGUCGUCCAAUCAGAAGAAGCAUGAGAGGAUCCAAACAGCCAAUCGGAGGACGGCAGCAGGGGGCGGGGCUUCUGAUAACGAUGCAGCUCCGCCCACCGCCUCACCUGUCCCCUUACCUGUUCAGCAGACCUUCAGUCAUGGCGUCGUGAACGUGUCCCAGCCCGCCUCCGCCGCAUCCCACAAUGCACCUGUGCAGAGGGACCGGCCGAGGACCAUCCCCAACAUCCUGUCCCGCAGCAAGACCGCGGCGCAGACAGAGACGCCGGCAGCCUUUCACACUGUGGUUCCCACUGAGGUUCUGUCAUUGGUUGGCACGGCGUUGUCAGGGCAACAGAUCCUGACCCUGAGUCCGCUGAUGGCGGGACCAACAGUGCUGCAGCCCUCCACCCCAGGCGUGGCCUCCGUCACUCUCAACAUUCCCAGUUUGACCAAUCAGCAGAUACAUCUCACCUCGUUGCCCCACCCACCGACCGGUAAGAUCUACAGCAGCUCCGCCCCCUUCAUCGUCACUAACCUUGGAGCUGCAAACUUCAACAACCUGCUGCAGGUCGUUCAUCCCCCACCACAACCGUCACCACGACAACCGUCACCACCACAACCGUCACCACCACAACCGUCACCACCACAGCAACAGACAGCUCCUCCUCGCCCUGCGGAGGUCUCUGAUUGGCCGUCAGACCAGAGUAAAGAUCAGGACGGCUCCGACAUCACACCUGAAUCCUGCUCGUCUGCGUCCGCCGCUCAGGGACCGUCCUCUUCGUCUUCCUCGUCCUUGGCGUCCUCGAGGUUGAGCGCCGCCCGUCAUGCUGAUGUAUCGGGGCCUCUGGGGGCGGGGCCACAACAGGAUGCAGACUACGAGAAUCUGACGUCUCUUCUUGAUGAGAUCGUCUUCCUCAACGGGCAGCCGUUACCGGGGAAGCCAGAGCAGGACGUCCCGCAGGGCGGCGAGGGGCGGGGCCACAGCCCGUGGCUCCUGCAGCUGGACUCUGACUCUGACGACACGGAGACGGAGGAGGCGGGGCUUAACGGACACUCAGAGACGCUGCAGGAGGGGGCGGGCACAGGUGGCGUUUUGGCCCCGCCCCCCCUGCUGCAGAUGAAGGUGGGCGGGGCUAAAAGGGCUGAGCCCGCCAGCAGCGACGGCACGGUGGGGGGGGGAGGGGCGCCGCCGCCGCCGAAGAAGGGCGGCAUGGCGUGGAGGCCGAUGCCGAGGCUGGUGCCUCUGGGGCUUAGAGGAGCCCCGCCCAGCUGAUGAUGUCACAGCAGCCACAGGAGCCCCGCCCAGCUGAUGAUGUCACAGCAGCCACAGGAGCCCCGCCCAGCUGAUGAUGUCACAGCAGCCACAGGAGCCCCGCCCAGCUGAUGAUGUCACAGCAGCCACAGGAGCCCCGCCCAGCUGAUGAUGUCACAGCAGCCACAGGAGCCCCGCCCAGCUGAUGAUGUCACAGCAGCCACAGUUUGUGUCCUGUAAAGCAGAAAACGUGCGACGCCAUUCGGCCAAUCGGAAGCUCUGCUGUUGCCGCGACGAUGAUUCCGACAUUUCUUUGUUUACAGAUCUGAGAUUAACGUUUCUAUUUAUUUUGUCCACUUCAUCAGCUCCGUCCUCAGCAUCACGUAACCACGGCAACGUGAGGCAGCAGACGAUUGGAUGUUCAGACGAGUUUGUAUUUGUUAACAUCGGUUGUUUCUGAUUGGCUGCUGGACAGGAAACUCUAAACUGAGCGAGUCAAGAAGAAAAUAUAAAUAUGGAGGAAAAGUUUCAGUUUUUAAAAGAAGUCGUAAAAUUUAACGAUUUCAGUAAAAUAAUAAAGUUGUUUCAC